AUGUUGUCCAUGCGCCUCGCUGUCGUUAUAGUCCUCCUGCUCGGGCAGGUAGUUCAUCAAUCGGCUGCGGCCCCGAUGUACAGCGAACCGGUCUCGACAUUCGAACGGUUCCCCAAAAAGUUAAACGACGCGAUUGCAUUGGCGUACAGCAGACCUUUUGACCCAGCAAACUUACCGAAGAAGAAGACCGCAUGGUCGCGGAUGAAGAAUAUGGUCGGCUUGGGCAGGAAACCGAAAAACAAAGACAAGCAAGUUGAAGAAGAAGUAACAGAAACUCGAGAAGAGGUCGAAUCCUCAGCAGCUUCUUCACCUACUCCGAGUCAUGGCUCCCCCGCACACGAAGGAGGACACGAUUAUUCUGCAGAGGACCCAGACUUGGUCCAAGCGCUGCGAGACCGUCUGAAUCUAAACACGAAUCGCGGCGGAGAAGUUGCGCAAGGUGGAAGCUCUUACGACGGUGGCCAAGCUGCGCAUGAUGGAUACCCCAGUGCCGGUGGAUACGCCGGCUACGGUGCAGGCACUCAUAACGCUCCAGCCUAUAAUUCCCCACCUCGUACAUACGAUCAAAGCACUCAUUACACUCCUGGCUAUACCCCACCUUAUGGCCACCAUCAACCCAUUCUAAGCUAUAAUAUCCCACCCUAUCGCUACAACCCAAGCAACAACUGGGACAGUUCCUCGAGCGGCGGUUAUCAGGUUACACAUCCCCAAUAUUACGCGAAUGACCAAGGUUACCAAAAUUCGUGGAACAACUACAAGGUUGUACAAUCCGACCCCAUCCAUGUAGAUCAAGAUCUUGUGAACGCACUUGACGUUUUUGGUCCAGAUACCCGCCAAUACGCUGAAGCCAAUAGGUGGGAACAAUAUGGCAACCAUCCUAACCCGGGAUACUAUUAA